AUGGCUACUCCAUUGCCCCCCACGUUUGUCGUGCCUGCGACAUUGACCGAAACCCGUCGGGAUCCACUCAAGCACCAAGAAUUACCGCCACUCUUCCCCGAGAAGAUCAACAUCCUCAACAUCUGGAAGUACCUCGACUACAAGCACGUUAUCGGUCUCGGAGUGACCCCUUUGAUCGCCCUCUAUGGACUCAUGACCACGGAGAUCCAGCGGAAGACGUUGAUCUGGUCCAUUUUCUAUUACUACGCCACAGCCCUUGGUAUCACCGCAGGAUAUCAUCGUUUGUGGGCACAUCGUUCGUAUAGUGCCGGGCCAGCCAUGAGCUUUGUCCUUGCAUUGCUCGGCGCCGGUGCCGUCGAGGGCUCGAUCAAGUGGUGGUCCCGCGGUCAUCGCGCCCAUCACCGUUGGACCGAUACCGAAAAGGACCCUUACUCUGCCCACCGCGGCCUUUUCUUCUCCCACCUCGGCUGGAUGUUGAUCAAGCGUCCCGGUUGGAAGAUUGGCCACGCCGACGUCGAAGAUCUCAACAAGAACAAACUGGUCCAAUGGCAACACAAGAACUACCUGGCCCUCAUCUUCCUCAUGGGUCUCGUUUUCCCUACCGUUGUCGCCGGUCUUGGUUGGGGUGACUGGCGCGGAGGAUACUUUUAUGCAGCCGUCUUGCGUCUUGUCUUUGUCCACCAUGCUACCUUCUGUGUCAACUCGCUCGCCCAUUGGCUCGGCGAAGGACCCUUUGACGACCGCCACUCGCCCCGCGACCAUUUUAUUACAGCUUUCAUGACCCUCGGAGAGGGCUACCACAACUUCCAUCACCAGUUUCCUCAAGACUACCGCAACGCGAUCCGUUUCUACCAGUACGACCCCACCAAAUGGACCAUCGCCGUCUGUGCCUUCUUUGGCCUCGCCACCCACCUCAAGACUUUCCCCGAGAACGAAGUCCGUAAAGGCCAGCUCCAGAUGAUCGAGAAGCGUGUCCUCGAGAAGAAGACUAAGCUCCAGUGGGGUACCCCUAUUGCUGACCUGCCCGUGAUGAGUUUUGAGGACUACCGCCACGCCUGCAAGAACGAUAAUAAGAAGUGGAUCUUGUUAGAGGGAGUUGUGUAUGAUGUGGCCGAGUUCAUGUCGGAGCACCCUGGUGGCGAGAAGUAUAUCAAAAUGGGGAUUGGCAAGGACAUGACGGCGGCGUUUAACGGUGGAAUGUAUGAUCAUAGCAAUGCUGCUCGCAACUUGCUGAGCUUGAUGCGCGUUGCGGUGGUGGAGUUUGGUGGUGAGGUUGAGGCGCAAAAGAAGAACCCGUCUGUCACCAUCUAUGGAGAUGACCACCACGCCAAAGCCAUCUAA